AUGGCAACGUCUUUUAAACGCUCCGCAAAAACCUUGAAUAAUUCCGUACAUAGUACACCAAAGAAACCAGCGCAAAAACAAGCGAAAAUGCAAGAAUCAAGAGAAGUUAAUCUUGAAGAGAUAUGGACCGUAAUCUCGUCCGUAAACGAAAAAUUAUCAAAACUCGACAAACUUGACACCAUUGAGACGAGAUUAAACAACAUUGACGAUGAGAUCAACACCCUGAAGCAUUCACUUUCUUACCAACAUGACACGGCAGCCGAAAUUCAGGAAAGUCAAAAGGAACAAGACAAAAAAAUAACUAAGUUAGAAGAAAAAAUUACGGAGAUCGAGUUGGAAAAAGUGAGGAUGAAUAGCGAAAUUGUCGACAUCAAAGCGCGCUCAAUGAGGAACAACCUAAUGUUGUUCAGCUUACCCGAAGAAACUAAUGAAACCCCGGAGAAAAGCAUGGAAAAGGUCUAUGAAAUAGUCGAGAAUAAACACGGGAUUCAUGACGCAAGAAGAACCAUGCCUAUUGAAAGAGCGCACAGAAUGGGAAGAAACAGAUUCUGCCCAGUACAUCUGGACGUGGAUCAAGGCCGAUUGUGGCAAAAUUCCUGCGCUUCCCGGACAAAGAGUUAG